AUGGCGCCUCCCGCGGCUCCUGGCGGUGCUGCUGGUGCUCGCGGAGGCCGCGGCGGCGACGGUGCGUACUGGGUCUGCGCCAGCCGUGCGUGCAAGCAGUGGAACUACUGCUCUCGCAGCACGUGCAUCGGCUGCCAGGCCAAGGCGCCGCCCUGGGCCGUGCGACACGCCGCCGCCCAGCCGGUGGUCGACGAGCAGGGCUGGGUGCGGCCUGGCAAGGGCAAGGAGGGGCGGCGCAAGGCCCGCGCGGCGGCCACGGGGGCUGCAGCCCCUGGCAGCGGCUCGGACGCUGGCUCCGCCGAGCGAGCUGGCGGCUCAGGCGUGGGCUCGGGGUCGAGCGCCAGCGGGCGCCUGGGUGCGCUGCAGCGCGACAUCGAGUACUUCGAGGGCUUCCCCAGCCUGGGCGGAGGCCAUGCGGGGCUGGUGGAAGAGCAGCUGGCGGCCCUUCGAGCUCAGCGCGACGAGCUGGCCGCGUCUUUGGCCGCGGACAAGGAGGCAGGCCUCUCGCGAGCUGCCAAGCUUGGCCGAGAGGCCAACUCCGCCAGCAAGGCCGAGCGGAAGGCUGCGAGUGCGCGGCGGGCCUUCGAGGAGGCCAACCAGGCAGUCGGCGACGCCGAGGCCGAGCUGCAGGCGGCGCAGGAGAAGCUGGCGCUGGCAGAGGAGCAGCGGCAGGCGGCGAAGGAGCGGCUCACCAACCUGGAGGCGGCGGCUGAGGAGGCCAGGGAUAGCCAGGAGCGCCACCUGGUGUCGGGCGCCGCCGUGCGUGGGCUGUUUGUGCAGCUGCGCGCGCUGCCGACGGCGCACACGGCGGGCAACUUCUCCAGCGCCUGGGAGGCCACGAUGCGUCAGAUGGCGGCAGUCGAGGCCAUGCUCCCGCUGGAGCACGCGGUGCCAGUGCCGUCUACGCGGGAGCGCUGGGGUGACAGCCACCUGCCGAUCGACGGUUUGCGAG